CGGCAAAAAUGGCGACCUUUUUGUGACAUUAGAGAACAGGCUUAGGUGUUGAAUUUAUUGAAUUUAGGUAUAUUUGUGCGAUUUGGUGAUUUGGUUGUUUUUUCUUUUGAGACCCAGGACGACAUAAGUUUAUGUUAUUUGUUAUUGUAUAACAGUUAAGAGUAACGGCAAUGCAGAGUGGAUUUGUGAUUCAGGAAAAGGUGGCCAGGCUGUUGAGUAAGCAGCAGGGAAAACCUGUCCUCAAACCCAACAAACCUCUGGUCCUAAAAGACGAAGUCGCCAACCGCAAGCCGAAAAAAGGAGAGGCCUCCUGUGUGACAGAGAUGGCAUUAGUGAUGGCUUGCUGGAAACAGAAUGACUUCAACACCAAACUCUGCUCUAACGAACUUUCUGUGUUUUACAAAUGCAUAGAGAGAGCACAGGCGGAGGCACGUGACCGAUCCAAGCAACAAUCCCUUUCCCAGGGAGGACGGCUUUUACCAAAACAGGCCACCAAGUUAUUGAAGCGGUACCCCAAUUUGUGAGAGACUGACGUAGUCAUCAAUUUGUGUGACAUGUGAAUCAGCAAACCGGACUGAUGGAGAGAGACUUUUCAGUGCAGUGGGCUUGGGUGUGGCUUUUAGACAUCCUCGGCUCAUAUGCCUCUUCUAAGCUUUUGGUUUUGUAUUUACACGUUGUCAUUAGCAAAGGAGCAGCUUCUGCAGGAUUGUGGAUACAUUUACAUUAUUUAAGUAACUUGUUUUGAAAUCAACCUGUCAAAACAAGAAUAAGGAAAAUCACCUGGUCAUCCCUCUCUCUGAUUAGAAGCAGGGCACACUGUAUCAUGUUUGAAAGUUUAUUUGCUUAAAAUGUUCUGGAAAUGUUACUAUGGAUGUACUUGGCAUAAAAUAAUUUCCCUUAUUUGUGUAA